CUCUGAUGGCUGUCUGGGCUGAUUGGACUGUGAUCUCCACACGUGGUGCCUGUCAGCAGCUUCAAAACCGUGCGGAGGCACAGAGGCAGCUGCAAAGUGAACCUGGUGCUGCAGGUGGUUCAGGCUCUGUGCUGGGCAAUACUGGGCUAUAGUGUGCUGGGCAAUACUGGGCUGCACUGGGCAAUAGUGUGCUGGGCAAUACUGGGCUGCACUGGGCAAUAGUGUGCUGGGCAAUACUGGGCUGUACUGGGCAAUACUGGGCUGUACUGGGCAAUAGUGUGCUGUGCAAUACUGUACUGUGCAAUACUGUGCUGGGCUGCACUGUGCUGUGCAAUACUAUACUGGGCUGUACUGUGCUGUUCCGGGCAAUACUGUGCUGCGCUGCACAAUAGUGCACAUACCGCGGGACACGAUGGUCGAGCAGUUCGUGGGGAAGUGGAAAUUAAUCGAAAGCGUCAAAUUUGACGACUAUAUGAAGGCUGUGGGAGUGAACUUUUCCUUAAGGAAUUUGGCUAAAGUGAUCAAACCCACAACUAUCAUCAGUAUAGAUGGGGGCACUGUCACUGUGAAGACUCAAAGCGCCAUGAAAAAUACAGAAAUCAACUUCAACCCUGGCGAGGAAUUUUCUGAGAAGACAGCAGAUGGCAGAGACACCAAGACUACAGUCACCAUCGAUAAUAACAAAAUGGUCCAAGUGCAGAGAUGGGAUGAUAAAGAGACAACUCUUGUUCGAGAAAUGAAGGAUGGCAAACUAAUACUGACGUUGACCAUGGGAGAUGUGGUCUGCACAAGAACCUAUGAGAAAGAUGCUUGAAGACCCGGAAACGAGGAGAAGGGAAGGAUGGGCUCAGUUCAGUGAGCUCCCUGCACUUUUGCUUCUUUUAUUUUCUAGUGAACGUUCCCUUUGUAUUUUGUAUAACCACCAUGCACAUCGCCCACAUCUUUAUUAAAGUGGUGUCUUGAACAAGA